CAAUCAAAACACGUGUAAGAGAUGAAUUUGAGAGUAAAUUGGAAGUUUCGGAGUGAUGAGUUUGGAAGAAGGAUGAUGAUGGAAUUAUUACAAAUUACAUAAGAUGGAACAGAUUUUAGAAGGUGUUAAACAGCUGAGUGUAAAUGAACUGAAGCACCAAUUAUCAGAGUUAGGUGUAAAUGUUGGUCCAAUUUUACCAACCACAAAAUUGUUGUUUCAAAAGAAGCUGGCAACCAAGCUCUAUGAAAAGCAACACCCAGUGUCUGAUGUAGUAGAUGAAACCGAUAAUCACGAGCCACAAACUCUUGUUGAUACUCAGUUAUGCGAGAAGAGCGCUAAUAUUGGCCACAGAGAGGAAGUACCUGUUGCAGAGGUGUCGGUGUAUUAUGGAGUGUGUCCCCCUCUUGGAGCCUCAUUUGAGGAUACAGAAGAUCAAAAUUUUGUGUUUACUGACAAAAAGUUGGCUCUACAAGCUGCCAAAAAGUUUUCAGGAGCCAGGUUCAAAUGCUUUAAAACAAAAGAGGAUGCAGAAAAGUUUUCCAAGUUGUCCCCAGACGACAUUGCAUCACCAUGGAAACACACAACAAAGAAUGGAAAUGGGGCAAUCGCAACUUUAGGUACUGGAGUUUCAGUGGAAAGCAGUCCUUUUAAAGGUCCAAAGCCCCAGGAGCUAAGCCAUCUAAGAAAAUCUAUUGAAGAAGGCAACGUUGCGUCUGUAGAAUCGCUGGUGUGGGAAAACCCCAGGUUUCUGAUAAGCAGUGGAGAUACACCUGUCAUACUUCAGGAAGGGCCUCGUUAUAAUUCUUUACAUGUGGCCGUGCGUAGCAAUCAAGCAGGAAUCUGUCAGCUUCUGUUGGAUACGUUAGAGGACCCCAGCUUCAUUGACAAGUUGUAUGGCCAUACUAAUGAGACAGAGAGCACAAGGACGAAUAGAAUUAACUUCAUUGUAGACCUAUAUCUCAACACACCAGAUAAAGGGGGUUGUGAGGUCCCAUUACACUUUGCCUGUAAACAUGGUUUUGCUGAAGUGGUGGCUGUUCUGAUAUCUCACCCUAAAACGGACAAAUCUGUGAGAAAUAAAUUCAAUGAGACUCCGAAAGAGAUUAUCUGCUGUAGAGUAAAUAAUGCAACUGCUGCACAGAAAGCUGAAAUAAAGGAACUAAUGGAAGGUCAAUACUUUGUCCCAUUAUUACGAUCAGAAGAUAACUCCUCUCAGCCAUUCAUUGGAACUCCUUGGUCUCCAGAGAGCUCCCGAAGUGGAGUCAACUUGCCACCUCUGUCUUGGAGCCCCAAGGAUCCUCUAAUGGCUGUCAAAGCUUGUGCUGGACCCAUGACCCCUUCCAAGGCAGAUUUGUUUCACAAGAGGUGGAACACCCCACCGUCCAAAAGUUCAGAUUAUGAUAAACGCAAGUUUUACUCCACUAAAAGGGAAGACAGUGAGAAGGGGCUGGAGAGAAUUGGCAGAGCACUUGCUCAUGACUUGGGUAUCCCUUGGGUAGAAUACUGGGAUUUUCUACAGACAUACUCGGACAUGACAAGUGAUGAUGGACUUGAUCUUUUGGAGGAAUACCUACAGAAGCAGAGUUUGGCACUUUGUAUUGAAGAAGCCCUAGGAAAGCUAGAUCUUCUCUCUAACAGCUUCCACUCCUUUAAGUAUAACCAGAUGGACAUGUCAGUCAACCAGAGUAAAGACGGAGUAGGGAGCAUGAAUGUUUCCUGGUUAAUGUCCCCUCUAGCUGACAUUGAGGAAUCUGUCCACGAGCAGGAUCUGGUGGACAUUGAUAAAUAUCUCCAUGGCAACAUCAUGGAUCAAGUUAAAACCUUGAAUUCUAGUGGAUCAGAUGCCAUGAAGAGAUCAGUAAGGAUGGAUGAUUCUAUCACAAUGCCUAAGAAGAAUAUUUAUGAAUAUGGUAGAAUGAAUCGAUCAAUGGAAUGGUCCAUGGAUAGCAGUGACUGGUCACAGGAGAGCUUUACUGGUAUCCUGACCCCCAUGUCCUGUUUGUCUGCUCUCUUCUCUAAACUGUCACUGUUGGACAGGUCACGCAGGCAGAGAAGGCUCUCUGGGUCACCUGGAUGUUUGGGCGUCUCCUGCAUGGGGGGUGGCUAUCAGGGACUAGUUAAAUCGACUUUGAAUGAGCGUAAGAAAAUGGAUACACCAAAUUUUCAGAGCAAUGGAAAUGUGGUGCAUGAUAAAGAAAAUGAAAUUGAAAGCAAUGAGUGUGCUUACAUUAGAGAAGCCAGACUAAGACUGGACAAUAAUAAUCGGGAUGAUUUAAAGAAUAGCAACACCGAGGGAUGCAAGGACAAUGUAGAUGGAUAUCAGUCCACAGAAUUAUUUGUUGUGGACAAUAACCAGAAUAACGUGGAUGAUGUGGUUGAUGAGCAGGCUGAAACAUCUUCAGAAGUGAUGCAAAAUGUAGAAAGUGAUGUAAAGAACAUAAGGGAUGUAAAUUGGAGGGAAAAAUCGCAGAGCUCCAGCAUUUCUUCGUACACGGAGGAUCCUCAAGCAGUGAAGGAGCUUUCCCAAAUGGAUAAUGAAGGAACAGAAUCCCAGAGACAGUCAAAUGAUCAGAUUAAUGACCUUGUAAAUCAAUUUAGUGAAAAAGUUAACCUUGAUACUUCUGUAGACCGGGAUAGUGGGACAGUGAGUGAUGUAUCUAUUAGGGAACCGUUAAUUCUCAGGAAGAGAUUGACUUUCUCAGAUGAUAUUUCUGAGGACAUAAUGGAGAGCUCUACAGAGGAGACGUCCGAGUCGUGUCACAUAGACAUCACCCUGGAGUUAGACAAAGACAGGGUUCCUAGUUUUGAAUUCCAGUCUAUGUUUGAACUGCUUAAUGAGAGAAAAACUUUGACAAAUCAAAAGGAAGGACCAAAGAGGCGUGUGAUUUAUAGUCGAGACAUUGUUUUAGAUCUUGCUGGGAAGAACCUGGAGGAUGUUUCCAGUGUGAUGCUCAAUGUUGCUAUUGUUCCACCCAAUUCAACAGUUGCAGAAAUGACAAUAUUUUCUAACAUUCCCUUUUUUGUGAUUCGUGGAAGCCAGUACAAACCAGGGGAUUCUUUUCCCAGUAAAUUACCAACAAUGGUGGAUGUCAUCCUCAAUUUUGUAAAGGACUCUGUGACAUCAGCAUUGGCCGUGAACAACAAGUCAAGAGGGAAAAUUUAUUUCAUCAGUGGGUACCAGCCAUGUAAGACAGACUUAGAUGUGUACAGGGCUAUACAGGGCCGAGAUGUGAACAAGGAGAACUACCCACUCAUCCACAGGUGGAGAGCUCUAGUGUCCUCCAGGAUGGCAAAUCCCAACUGCUGUUGGCCAAGUCCUGCAAGAUCCCGGUUCCAAGGCAAUCUAUCUGCCAGUUUUCCUCAGGUGUCCACCCCACACAAGACCCCUGAAAGCCCAGUUGUUUUCUACAGGAGUCCCAUUCCCCGAGGCACUCCAACUCGGCAAAAAAUGUCUGCUACCUGGUCAAUGCCCAACAUCAAGGCUCAGCUGUUCCCGAGGUCCCCAAUAUCAGAGCGAAGAUGAAGGCUUGAUGAAAUAGAUUGGAUGAAUGUUUAAAACAUAUAAAGUACAUGAUGGAAUAGUUUGAAUACAUGUGCAAGUACAUGUACACAAAAUAUUCUACAAGAUGACUAAGUAUAAGUAGACAUUUGUAGACUAGUAGCUUAAUAAUGUGUGAUUCAGUUGCCUGCUGUGAUAAAGUGCUAAAUGUAUAUACAGUGUACAUGUAUUGUACUAAAGUAAGUAGAAAAAGUACAUGUAGGUAGAAUAGAUUUUUCAAUAGACAUUCCUUGGCCUUAUCAAACUACACACCUUUCAUCAUUAAUGUUGUGAAAUUAUGUGCACACUACUACAAAAUUAGUAUCUAGUGGCUUAUGUAUUACAUUAUUUUGAACUGUUGAGUCACUGCAGUUGAAAUUGUGAGAUCGUGUAAAUAACACUGUUUAGCUUGUGGUCUUUUAGCUGCUGCUCAUAGCGAGACUUGUAGAUUUUAUUUGUUGAUCGCAUACAUGUUUUAUUGCCAGUAUAUUUUAGUUGCUGAAUCUUUUACUGUCUGAACUGCACAAACUUCACUGCACAGGAUGAGAUGCUCCUGGUCUGUUUAAACUGAUGUGUAAGAAGAUUUUAUCUACUCAUUAAGUCAGGUUUAAGUAUGUUUAAGCCAUGAAAAAUAAGUAUCAGUGUUUUGUAAAUGGCAAAUGAUUUAGCAAAUGCAUCUAUUGAAAUUGUCUAAACUUGUGAUUAAGGAGGAAUAACAUGCCAGAGAAAAUGGAGGAUAUGUACAAUGAGGGGUAGGGUGGGGCCUCAAGAGGUGAACAGUGUUAUAUUAGAAUAUAUUUUAAAGGAAAAAAACUUUAAAAAUCUUUUAAACAUGAACAGCAAAACCAUGAUUACACAUUAGCUCAAAUGAGCUAUAACCUCAUGUGAGCCUUUAUGAACACCACAUGUCCAGUAUUUGUCCAUCUGUCUCUAAUUUUUACCCAUUAUUUACUUCUUCUCCAGAACCAUAGGGCCAAUUUCAAUCAAACUUCCCUUAAAGCAUACAUGGUUAAAGGGGAUUUCAAAUUGUUGUAAGAAAGGGUCACACCCAUUUCACAAGAGGAGAUAUUCAAGAAAUAGUGAAUUUACAGUGGCUUCUUUUAAAAACCUUUUUCACUGGAAUCACUGGGCCAGAGAAUACAAAACCUAUGUGAAAGCUUCCUUAAAGUAUAUAGAUUCAAAAUUAUCCAAGCCAUGCCACCACCACCCCCCCCCCCCCCCCCCCCUUUCCACAAGGGUGUGGGGUUGGGUCUCAAUAGUGGAUCAGUUUUACAUAGGGAUAUACAUGUAUGGGGAAAAUCAUUAAAAAAGAAGAACAGGGCCUUUUCAUAUGGAAGCAUCCUCAGGUUGUGCAAAUUCAAGUUCGUUCAAAUCUUGACCAUGGUGGGGCCACACUAUGAGAUCAAAGUUUUAUAAUUGAAUAGGUGGGGUAAAGCUUUAAAAAUAUUUUUCUUAAGAGCAACAGUGUCCUGAAUAGUCCCAUCCUCAGGUAGUGCUGAGUUGAGUUCGGUUUGUGGCUCCCAAAGGUUGGAUGAGGCCACAAAAGAGGAUGAAAGUGUUUCAUGUGCAUUUAUAAUAAAAAGUCUUUAAAAUUGUUUUCUUAUGAACAGUUAACUGAUGAGUCAUGUUAAUAGGCAAGCAUCCUCACGUAGUGCAGAUUCAAAUUGUUGAAAUCAAUGCCCCUAAGGGUCGGACCACAAAUAGGAGUUACAUUGGAACUUUCCAACACAUUUGAAUAUAUAGGAAAUAAACUUUUAAAAUUUCCUCCUGAAAAGUAGCUGGGCCAUGAUUAGUGAUAUUAGUAUAUAAGUAUCCUCAGGUAGUUUAAAUUCAAGGUUAUUCAAAUCCUGACCUGGGGGUUGGAUUGGGCCUCAAUAGGAAAUAAAAGUUUUACAUAAGGAAUGGAAUCUUAUUCUCAAGAGCAGCCGGGCUGAGAUUAAUUGUAUCGAUAUGCAAGCAUCCCUUGGUUGUGUAGAUUCCAGUUUCUUCAAAUCAAUGCCCGAGAGUAGGUUUUUAAUCACAAUACGGAUUCAAAGUUUUGAAAAUUUUAUAUAUGGAUCAUGGGGCUAGAAUUGGGGAUAAAAUUUUGCUUGAUAUAUGAAUAUAGGGCAUCCCUAUAUUGUGUAGAUUCAAGUUGAGUGAAGUCAUGACCCAGUUAGGCUUUGGUUGGGUUAUAAUAUGGGUUCAAAAAUUUGGAUGAGAAUAGAGGGUAAAAAAAAAAACAGAACCGCAGGACCAGGUUGACUCAAUGUUUGCAUUUUUUCCUAUCUUAAAUAAUUGGGUAAAUUGAACUUGACCAGAUUCUAUUCUUUGGUAUGUACAUUUUGUAGACCUGAUUUUAAACCUAUGAGCAACACCAGUGGUGAAGUUCUUAAACAAUGAUGUCAUCAAUCCAGUCAUUUUAAUAUUUUUACAAGUUUGCAAGCCUUGAAUACAUUUAUACUGAUAAACUGAUAUACACAAAGUUAUUACAGUGUAUGAGGACUUUGGGUAGAGUGCAAUAUUUUUUAUGAAAUAGUUUCAAAAGAAAUCAUUAACAUUAAAAAUCCUUGAAUCAUGGUUGUGAAGUCUACUAUAAGAAGAUGGGCUUCUUUGUGAAAGAAAUUGUACAUACAGACACAUGAACAAAAAGUACCCGGUAAUUGUACACAAGUUUACUUGUCAAAGAAAUUCUGUUCUUAAAGGGACAUGGACACGAUUGAGCUGAAAAUUUUAUUUUUCCAUAUUUAUUGUUUAAAAUGUUUAACUAAGUUAUUUCUAAUGGUCAAUAAUUUCUCUGAAAUGUGUGAAUUCCCAGUCUAUCUCAUCCCUCUUUCGAUUUUAAUAUGUAAUUGUUUCACACUUUUUGUAAGCUUUAAAGAUUGGCCUUCUACCGGUAUAAUAAAAUUUUAUUAUACUGGUAGAAGGCCAAUCUCUAAAGUUUACAAAAAGCGUGAAAUGAUUACAUAAAUCGAAAGAGGAAUGAGAUAGACAGGGAAUUUACACAUUUUAGAGAAAUUGCCACCAAAAAAAAAUAUCAGAAAGGAGGGGGUAGUAAUAUCCAUACUCUAGUUUAGGUGCCUGUGCAGAAAAUAGCAUGUCUAAAGCAAAAUGAGAUGUGAUAAACACUAGAAACUAUUUAAUUAUGUUCAGAAUUGACUUGUAAAUUGAAAAAUCUGCUUUAAAGGAACUUUUACUAGUAUACUUGGCCUAAAUUUAAACAAAAACAUGACACGAGCCUUGUUUACAUAACAAAGAAUUGUGAGCUCUCUAUCUCCCAUGUACCUCGUCAACUGACAUUCAAAUUUUGCUGACGAUUAGAAAUUUUCAGCUCAAAUCGUGUCCAUGCCCCUUUAAGAUAAACCAAGAAGAAAGCAAUUAACAUUUAUUUCAUGUGCUGGUAAUUUAAGAUUCAAUAUAUUUUGAUUAUUGGAUAUUCUUGCAUCAUGAAUGCACUUUUUAGCUCACUGGAGCUGAUCGCCUGUCGUCUGUCCGUCUGUAAACUUUUCACAUUUUCGACUUCUUCAGAACCACUGGACCAAUUUCAACCAAACUUGGCCAAAAGCAUCCUUGGGUGAAGGACUUUCAAGUUUGUUGAAAUGAAGGGCCGUGCUCCCUUCAAAGCGGAGAUAAUGGCAAAAAUAGGGUGGGAUCAUUUAAAAUCCUCUUGAGAACCACUGAGCCAGAAGAGCUGAAAUAUAUAUGAAAGCUUCCUGACAUAGUGCAGAUUCAAGUUUGUUAAAAUCAUGGCCCCCGGGAGUAGGAUGGGGCCACAAUAGGGGAUCAAAGUUAUACAUGCAAAUAUACUGGGAAUUAUCUUUAAAAAAUCUUGCAUGCAAAUAUAUAGGUAAAAUCUUCUUCUCAAGAACCACUGGGCUAGGAAAGUAGGAAUUUUCAUGAAAGCUUCCUGACAUAGUGCAGAUUCAAGUUUGUUAAAAAUCAUGAUCCCCGGGGUAGGAUAAGGCCACAAUAGAGGAUCAAAGUUUUACAUAGAAAUAUGUAGGGAAAAUCUUUAAAAAUCUCAAGAACCACUGGGCUAGGAAAGUACAAAUUUACAUGAAAGCUUCCUGACAUAGUACAGAUUCAAGUUUGUUAAAAUCAUGGCCCCUGGGGAUAGAAAGGGGCCACUAUAGGGGAUCAAAGUUUUACAUGCAAAUAUAUAGGUAAAAUCUUUGAAAAUCAUCUUCUCAAGAACCACUGGGCUAGGAAAGUAGGAAUUUUCAUGAAAGCUUCCUGACAUAGUGCAGAUUCAAGUUUGUUAAAAUCAUGACCCCUGGGUGUUGGGUGGGGCAACAAUUGGGGAUCAAAAUUUUACAUUACAAAUAUAUUGGGAAUUAUCUUUAAAAAAUCUUCUACUCACGAACCACUGGGCCAGAAAAGUUUACAUUUACAUGGAAGCUUCCUGACAUAGUGCAGAUUCAAGUUUGUUAAAAUCAUGGCCCCCGGGGGUAGGAUGGGGCCCUCAAAUCUUCUUCUCAAGAACCAUUUAGCAAAAGAAGUUUACAUGAAAGCUUUCUGACAUAGUGCAGAUUCAAGUUUGUCAAAAUCAUAGCCCCUUGCGGUAGGUUGGGGCCACAAUGGGGAUCAAAAUUUUACAUGUGAAUAUAUAGGGAAAAUCUUUAAAUAUGGGCAAAGGUGACUCAGGUGAGCGAUGUGGUCCAUGGGCCUAUUGUUGCUUUCACCAUAAUUUUUAUAUUUGCUUCUAUUCCAAAUUUGUUUGUAAGGCAGCCAAAGUUGUGUUCAUUUUGUGCAGUUUUAUUUUAAUUUAUAUUUUUUGUUGACAUUCAAGCAAAUGUUUCAAUAAAUGUUAAGAGAA